AUGGCUUCGCGCACGCUCCUCGCCACGACUUGCCUUCUCGUCCUGCUGUUCCUGACGACGCUGGGCGGCGCUCUCGUCGAGGCGCAUCAAGGGCCACGGUCGCCGCACCGCAAGGUUGCUCCAAGACGCGGGCUCUCGACGACGGCGAACGCGCCGGAGAGUAGUAGUAGUGCCGAUGGCUACGCGACGGAGAACGCGACGACGUUUGACGUCGGUAGCUUCGGAGCUGCCGGCGACGGGAAGACCGACGACACGGCCGCGUUCCAGGAGGCAUGGACCCAGGCUUGCUCCUCAGCCCAGCCCGCCGUCGUGCUCGUCCCUGCCGGACAGAGCUACAUCCUCAAGGAAACCAACCUUACCGGGCCGUGCAAGUCCAGGGUCACGUUCCAGCUCGAGGGAACGCUGGUGGCUCCGGAGGACAAGUCGGGCUGGGGCAACCCAGGCCACCCUCGCUGGAUCAAAUUCACCGGCGUCGACGGCCUCACGGUGGCCGGCGAGGGCGCCAUGGACGGCAGGGGCAAGUCGUCGUGGAGGAACUCGUGCCGGACGAACCACACGAUGCCGUGCACCUUCGCGCCGGCGGCGCUCACCUUCGCGUCGUGCAGCAACGUCGAGGUGGAGGGCAUCACGCUGCUGAACGCGCCGCAGAUCCACCUGCUGCUGGAGCGCUGCCGCGACGUGACGCUCUCCCGGCUCACCAUCUCGUCGCCCAGCGACAGCCCCGAGAACGACGGCAUCCACGUCGGGCACAGCGACGGCGUCCGCAUCCUGGGUGCCAAGAUCAAGGCCGGCGACGACUGCCUGUCGGUGGCGACGGGCACGACGAACCUGUACGCCACCAGGAUCGAGUGCGGCCCGGGGCACGGGAUCAGCAUCGGGAGCCUCGGCAGGGGGAACAGCAGGGCCGAGGUGUCCAACAUCACGGUCGACGGGGCCCGCGUGUCGGGCACGCUCUUCGGGGCGCGGAUCAAGACGUGGCAAGGGGGCAGCGGGUACGCCAGGGGCAUCAGGUUCCUGAACAUGGCCAUGGACAAGGUGAAGAACCCCAUCGUGAUCGACCAGAGCUACUGCACCACGUCGGACCCCUCCAACACCUCGGCGUGCGACCACAAGCAGAGCCAGAGCUCCGCCGUCCAGGUCAGCGACAUCGUGUUCAGCAAAAUCAGGGGCACCACCGUCGCCAGGGACGCCAUCAGGCUGCACUGCAGCCAGGCCUCCCCGUGCCGCGACGUCGUGCUCAGGGACGUCCAGCUCAAGACCAGGAAACGCGGCAAGAAGAACGCCGCCACGAGCACCUGCGAGAACACCCUGCUGGCCGAGUCGAGCAACGUUUCUCCGGCGCCGUGCUCGUCCGCGACGACCAAGAAGGAUUUCGUCACGCUGAUCCGCUAG